AUGCCUUACGGAACAUCUUUGCAGCACGGUAUGGCACCUAACGGCCCAUUUCAGCCAUCUGCUGUGACGAUGAAAACUCUAGGCCCUGUCAAGGCUGAAGGAGGAGGCCCCGGGGGAGGCAGGCAGGUGCAGCAGCAGCCCGCACCGGGCACACGGCGGGGCAGGGCCGGGGCCUCCUCGCGGUUCCCCCCCCCGACCGUCCUCCCCGCUUCUCCUCCCGCAGCCGGCCGGCCGGAGGAGGCGGAGGACGCCGCCGGCGAUGGACUCCCCCCGCAGAUAGCCGCCGCCAUGAGCCAGCCGCCCGCAGGGGGCGCCGCCGCCGAGCCUCGCCUGCACCCGGAGGGCAGCAGCGGCAGGAAGCAGCCGCGGGCCUCCUCCCCGGCCAGGGCCCGCGACGCCCCCCCGCGACCCCCGCCCGCCGCCCGCGCCCCGCCCGCCGCCGCCGCCGCGGCCACCGCCGCCUCCUCCAAGGCCGGGGCAGGGGCCCCGCGGCCGCCGCCGGGCCAGGCGCCGAGGGGCGGCCGGGGCCGCGCCGCCGAGCGGCCGGGGCGGGGCGCGGCGCCGCCGGGCGCUGUCCAGCCCGGAGCCGGUGCUGAAGCACCGCCCGCCGCCGAGCCCGGCGAGGAGGCGCCCCCUGCGGGCGGCGGCGGGGGGGAACGGGAGCGGGAGCGGGAGCGGGAGGGGGCGGCGGCGCCGCCGCAGCCUCAGCCGCAGCCGCCGCCGCCGCCGCCGCCGCCCAGGCAGUGGCGGGGGAAAGCGGGGCGGUCCCCGCUGAAGGGCGCGGGGGAGGCGGCCCCGGCGCCUCCAUCUUCGUCGGGCGCCGCCAAGGGCCGCGGGGCGGCGGGCGGCGGCGGGUUCUGGCGGGAGGGAUGCCUGCAAAGUGAGCUCAUCCAGUUCCACCUCAGGAAGGGGCUGGCGGCGGCCGCCCAGAUGCAAACCAAGGGCAGCAACCACGGCAGCGGCGGCCCCGGCCCCGGCGCCGCCUCCGCCUCCGCCUCCCCGGCGGCCGCCGCCUCGGCCGAGCCUCCCCCUGCAUCCUCCGCCUCCUCGCCCUCUGCCAUGGCGGCGGCGGCCGGGGCCGAGGGGCUGCGGCAGGGCGAGGCGGGCGGCGGCGGCCGGAGCGGCACCCCGGAGGGCUCCCUGAGCCCGCAGCUGCAGGACGAGAUGCAGGAGGAGAUGGAGAAGCUGCGGGAGGAGAACGAGAGCCUCAAGAACGAGAUAGAUGAGCUGAGGACCGAGAUGGACGAGAUGAGGGACAGCUUCUUCGAGGAGGACGCUUGUCAGCUUCAAGAGAUGCGCCACGAGCUGGAGCGAGCCAACAAGAACUGCCGGAUUCUCCAGUACCGGCUGCGCAAGGCCGAGCGCAAGAGGCUCCGCUACGCGCAGACCGGCGAGAUCGACGGCGAGCUCCUGCGCAGCAUGGAGCAGGACCUCAAGGUUGCAAAAGAUGUAUCAGUGAGACUUCAUCAUGAGUUAGAAAAUGUGGAAGAGAAACGUACAAUAACAGAAGAUGAAAAUGAAAAAUUAAGGCAGCAGCUUAUAGAAGUUGAAACUGCAAAACAAGCACUACAGAAUGAACUGGAAAAAAUGAAAGAGCAAUCACUGAAAAGAAGAGGGAGCAAAGACCUACAAAAAUCAGAAAAAAAGUCACAGCAGACACCAACAGAGGAGGACAAUGAAGACCUGAAAUGCCAGCUACAGUUUGUCAAAGAAGAAGCAGCCUUGAUGAGAAAGAAAAUGGCCAAGAUUGAUAAGGAGAAGGACAGAUUUGAACAUGAGCUGCAAAAAUACAGAUCAUUUUAUGGGGAUUUGGACAGUCCCUUGCCAAAAGGUGAAGCAGGUGGGCCACCUACCACAAGAGAAGCUGAACUUAAGCUUCGAUUGAGACUUGUGGAGGAGGAAGCUAACAUUCUUGGGAGGAAAAUAGUGGAGCUAGAAGUAGAAAAUCGAGGACUGAAAGCAGAGCUUGAUGAUUUAAGAGGAGACGAUUUCUCAGGGACCGCUAAUCCGCUCCUGGGAGAACAGAGUGAAUCUCUGUCAGAAUUACGACAGCAUUUGCAGCUAGUAGAAGAUGAAACAGAAUUGCUGAGGAGAAAUUUAGCUGAUGUGGAAGAACAAAACAAGCGCAUAACGGCUGAGUUGAACAAAUACAAGUACAAGUCUGGGGCCCAUGAGAGCUCCAGGCACCAUGAUAGUGCCAAGACAGAAGCACUGCAGGAGGAGCUAAAAGCUGCACGAAUGCAAAUCAAUGAGCUGAGUGGCAAAGUCAUGCAACUCCAGUAUGAGAACAGAGUUCUCAUGUCCAACAUGCAGCGCUAUGAUUUAGCCUCUCAUCUUGGGAUCCGUGGCAGCCCCAGAGACAGUGAUGCAGAAAGUGAUGCAGGAAAAAAGGAGAGUGAUGACGAUUCCCGCCCCCCUCACCGCAAAAGGGAAGGGCCCAUUGGUGGGGAAAGUGACUCUGAAGAGGUACGAAACAUCCGGUGCCUGACACCCACGAGGUCUUUUUAUCCAACACCGUCUGGAUGGCAGAAAAGCUUCACUGACAGGCAGCAGAUGAAGGACAUUCGCUGUGAAGCUGAGCGACUGGGCAAGACAAUAGAUCGCUUAAUUUCUGACACAAGCACCAUCAUAACAGAGGCAAGAAUUUACGUAGCUAAUGGGGACCUGUUUGGACUGAUGGAUGAGGAAGACGAUGGCAGCAGAAUACGUGAGCAUGAGCUUCUCUACCGGAUCAAUGCGCAGAUGAAGGCGUUCAGAAAAGAGCUCCAGACUUUCAUCGACAGACUUGAAGUUCCAAAGUCUUCAGAUGAUCGAAGUGCAGACGAACCUUUGUCAGUGAGUCAGGUAGACUUUUACUUAUUACGGCCUACAGGUAAAAAGGCUUGGCCAAAUGAAUUAAGCCUAAAAUUUGAUGUAUGGCAUAUUAAAAUUCUUACACUAAACUGUGGACAAAAGUCUUAUUUCUUAAAUUACUUAAAAUCCUCAUUUGGCCAUAUGAAACCUUGUUCUACCAAGGGGCCUACUCAUGAACGGUGAAUAAAUCUGGUCUGCAUGAAUUUAAAAGAAUUAUACUCUAGGUAUAAUAGAGAAUAUUAUGUACUGUAGGAGGUGAAAGAUUUUACUCCUUCUUCUGGCUUUGCAGCUGCAUUUGCCAGAGUUGUGCCUUCUAAAGCAGUGUAUGAUAGCAUUUUUGGCACAUAAAUGAGCAUGGUUAUUUUCUUGGUGGUUGGGUCCCUGCUAAAUGAAUAAAACCAAAAUGUAUUAAUUUUAAACAGGAGGAAGCAUACAAUUUCCAAAAUUGUAAAGAAUAUGACAAACCACGGAGAAAAAUAAACCAUGAAAAAUUAUAAAGUCACAGAGCCACACAGUAGUGUGUGAAUAUUGGAAUUGCUGUAACUGGUUGUAUCUUUUGUUAAAAGGCUGUGGGUCACUGCUUACAUGCAACAGUGACUAGCAUCUUGUCUGCAGUUCUUUUUUAUUCUUCUCUCAUCCUCUAAGGAAAGAGCCAACGAGCAUCCUGCAUGUGACGUGCAGAGUUGUUCCAAAGAGGUUUUGGGGAGCAAAUUCCUUGCUGACUCAAGAUCUUCUGCCAUGAAAAAUGAAAAUUACCUACCCUUAUCUUAUAUUGCAGUCCUAUAGUUGGCAAAUGCUGUUAUUGCUCACGGUAUUAUCCAGAUGUUUUAGUAAGUCUCUUGCUAUGUUAAUUUACUUGUGUUGUCCUGCUAGUUUACAGUCAAAGUAGUUACCAGGUGAAGCUGAAAGCUAUUAUUUCUUAUCCCUAUGCUGACUAAUUAGUCUUUUGUUUCCUUGUAUCAGAAAGUCACAGACGCAGUGAGUUUGAAGCUAAUCAAUUACUAUACAUGUACUGCAUGAAAUCAAACAGAAAAGACAUUUGGCAUGCUCACUUUCUGAUCUAGCAAUACCUCUGAGCUUGUAGAGCUCCCAUUAACUUAGAGGCAGAGCACUGCAUGGGCUCAUACAAAUUUAAAGCAAUCUAAUUGGUAUUUUCUCUGAACAAAUAACAGUAAUAAUUGAAUUUGGCAUUUCAAGGUUUGACCAUGCAGAACUCCUACUGAUGUCAAUGGGAGAUGGGCACUUGGUCCCUCCACAAGCGUAGUCUGAUUCACUAUUUAUUUUGUUAAAACUUUGGACUUGCUAUUCCAUUAAUUGACUGUUCUCUUUGUCUUUGUAUUUACUUUCCCAGAUGUUCCAGCCUAUCAUUUUACUUAUUCUCAUCCUUGUAUUAUUUUCAUCCCUUUCAUACACAACAAUAUUUAAGCUUG